AUGUCGAGUUAUCGUCGCAACUUCACGGACGAAACCGUUUCCAGCGCCAUGAAACGCAAUACUGCUGUUGCCGUCCGCGACCCGCGAAGGUCUCGAGGAUCCGGAGAAGCUAGUAGUUCCCGCAGCCAGGGCACUGGGGAAGGAGAUUCCGAGGGUCAUACACGCACUGAAAAGAAGACAGUGGAAGUUCCCAUCUCAACUUUAGCAUGGUUCGCCGGUGGCGGACAGAGAAAAAAGCCGAAGGCCAAGAGCGCCGAUCCUCAGAAGAAGAAGGCCGAGCAGAAGCCCCCGCCCCCGAAAAAGACUACGUAUGUUGAUAACUCGAUUCCUGGUGGGCAACUCAUUAGAUCAUCUCCUAAGAAGGAAACCGGGGAUGGGAAGGCUAAACUCAAGAGCGGUGGCGGAUUUCUUGGGUGGUGA